GAACAAAAGAUAUCAUAUUUUUUGAAUUUUCGGAGAGAGGAAAAAUUAAAACAGAGGAUCGGAGAUGGAGAACAGAGGCGGCGGCGGCGGCAGCAGAAAUGAAGAGAAGGGAGGGAAUUUAGAAGGGCUGCCGUUGGAGAGCAGUCCGUACACGCAGUUUCAGGACACGGAGGAUUACAAGAAACAGGCCUACGGCGCUCAGGGUCACAUCCAACCCAAUCCCGGCCGCGGUGCCGCCAGCUCCACCGAUGCCCCAACCAGCGUUCCCUCCGGCGGCGGCGCCGCCGCUCUCAACCAGGCUCAACUCUCCCGCGACGCCGAUGCAAAUGAUCGCCAGCGGGCGCCAUGAUCGUUUUUUAUGUAUUAUUAUGCGCUAUUCCCUGAAUAAAUUUUGUUCCUUGAAUUUGAUUUCUGUUUUAAAGUUUAAAAAUAAAUACUAUACAAAUUU